UGGAAAGUCAAAAUUUGAAUAUCAGAUACACUGCAACAGGCAACAAACAGUACCGAUUCAUUUAUUGAUACGAAAGAAAUCUUUCCGUCGCUUACCCUACCGCUAACAAGAAACAUCUUGCCAAUCAUACCAAAAAUGUCCGCACCAGCAGCAUCAGCACCAAAGUUGCUCUUCGGCUCCAACCCCUUUAUGACCGGAGACUUUGAGGCGACCAAAGAAUGGCUGGACAUCCUCCGCGAACUUGGUAUCAAGAACAUUGACACUGCGCAAUUUUAUGGCGAAAGCGAGACUGUGCUCGGUAAGGCUCACGCCGCAGCCGAUUUCAUCAUCGACACCAAGUUGUCGAUCACGGCCAUGAACGAACCGGCCAACAAGGCCAACGUGAUCAAAUACGGGCGCGAGAGCCUCAAGAAGCUACAGACGGAUAGUGUUGACGUGUAUUACCUGCACCUACCCGACCGCUCCGUGCCCUUUGAGGACACCAUGUCCGGGCUGCAGGAGCUCUACGAGACGGGAGCAUUCAAGCGCCUCGGCCUGUCCAACUUUCUCCCGCACGAAGUAGAGGAGAUGGUGUCCAUCGCCGAAAAGCACGGCUGGGUAAAGCCGAGCGUGUACCAAGGCAACUACAACGCCGUGGCGCGGGGAGCCGAGGCCGAACUGUUGCCGACGCUGCGGCGGCACAACAUUGCCUACUACGCCUACAGUCCCAGCGCGGGUGGAUUCCUGACCAAGACGCCCGAGGGCCUGGUCGGAGCCCGCUGGGACGAGUCGGGGAGUCUUGGCAAGCUGUACAGCACCCUCUACAAGAAGCCGAGCCUCCUGGCGGCGCUCAAGACGUGGGGAGAGCUGGCCGCCGAGGAGGGCGUUUCCAAGGGUGAGCUGGCGUACAGGUGGAACAUGUACAGCUCGGCGCUGUCGCCUGCUCACGGUGACGGGCUCAUUGUCGGGGCGAGCAAGGUGGAGCAGCUCAAGGAGGUGAUAGGCUGGAUUGCCAAGGGGCCGUUGAGCAAUGCAGUGGUGGAAAAGAUUGAUGUGCUGUGGGAGAGCAUCAAGGAAGAUGCACCUCUUGACAAUUUGAACGGCACGAAGAUGGCGUGGGGUCGUUUUUAAAAGGGUAGGUGGAAUUUUGUUUUUCCUCUUUCGUUUGAGCAUGAUGAAGGAAGAACUGAGAACAUACAUAUUAUUGCGUAGGUAUUCACUAGAACUAGAAUUAGACCGGUUUGUCAAGCCCACAUUUCCAAUCAAAUUAGACUAAACAUUUAUCCGC